AUGGGCAGCGUCAUUACAUCGACGAAUAUAACAGCAGCAGAUGCGCCAUUGUGGAAUACACCCGCACACCAUGGACCAGCCCUGUUACUCGACAAGACUCUUGUUAUUCAACUAUACUACCUCGAUACCCUCCUUCCCUCCUCCAAUCAAGGCACCGAUCUGAUAUACGACCUCUGGAAACCCAUCCUACUCGGCCAGGUCGUCCUCACCUGCUCCAUCAUAGCCUCCUGCUUCCCCUUCCUCAAAUUCCUCAUUGAUGUCAUGGAGACGGGCAUGGUCCGCGCCGAUGGCCUCAAUAAGACCCAAAUCAACCUGCGCACGGGAGCUAGCAAGGGCGGCGGCUCGACCAACGGCUACUUCAAAGCACGGGGCUCGCAAUUCCACAAGGGUCCUGCGAACAGCAAUACUGAGGCCCCUUCUACAGAGACGCCGGCGGACAGCGAGGAAUUGGCGACGCAUAAAGAGAUUGGAAAUGGUGAGGUGUUCCGGAUGCAGAGCCUGCGUAGCGGGGCGAAAGAGAGCAAUGGCGGGAAAGGUGGGAUGGGAAAAGGGUACAAGGGUAAUGCUGGCCAGUUCGAAACUACGGCAUACAAGGGCAGUGACGUUGAAAGUCAAAGUAGCCAGACACACAUCAUGCGCAAGGUGGAGUGGUCGCUUACGGAGGAGCAAAAUCCCGGACCGACGGCUAUUUGA